UCAAAAUGACACUGCUUUUGGGUCCUCCGAGUUCCGGAAAGACCACACUGUUGUUGGCUUUGGCGAGAGAGCUUGACCAGGAUCUUAAGAGGAGUGCUGUCUAUAUCAGUCAACAUGAUGUUCAUAUGGGAGAGAUGACAGUCGGAGAAACGUUGGCUUUUUCUGCAAGAUGCCAAGGGAUUGGAACUCGUUAUGAUAUCCUAGCAGAGAUAAGUAGAAGAGAGAAAGAAGCGAAUAUUAAGCCAGAUGCAGACUUGGAUAUCUACAUGAAGGCAGUGGCAUCAGAAGUACAAGUAAAAAACAAGCAAUGCCAGGAGGGGACUUAGUAGACGAACGACAUGAUCAGGCUCAACUGUGCAAUGCCUUAUACCAGCCACAUAUAGUUCACUACUACAACUCUCACGUCAAACAGCGAGCUUUCUAGGUUGGUGACCUAGUACUCCGCAAGGUCAUGCUUCCUACUCGCAAACACGCAAAUGGAAGCUCAAGACCGACCUGGAAAUGGCCUUACCGUGUCAUUGACAUUGUACGACCUGGCACCUAUCGACUAAGGGAUCUCCGGGGAGCAAAUUUGCCUCAUCCUUGUAACGCAGAGCAUAUAAAGAAGUAUUACCAAUGACUUCAUCAUCAUCUACAUGCUAUCAUAGUUAAAUCAUCAGUUUGAGGUUUAGAUUUUUCAUUAUAUUGCUUCUCAUUCUGUGUGGCUCAUAGGAACUAUCCUGUUAUGAUGGUUCAUGAAGUAUUUUUUAAUUUUUCAACUUAGUCAG